AAAAUGUUCGUUCCGGAGCACAUCACAGCGACCGGCGAUGAAAUGCGUGGACAUGGCGGAGGUCCUUCUCGUCGUACGAAUCGUCAAUCACUUGUCGAACAAAUGGAAGUUCCAGAUAGAAUAACUGUAACGGGAGGUGAUACAUAUGGAAGAAUUACGGAAGAUUAUCGUAAUAGUGUGGAUAAACUUCCAACGGAAAAUGCUCAUUAUUUGACUGAUGUGCCAGAUGUACUCACUGUUGCCGAUACACAAUAUCCGGUUGAAGAUCAGCGGCGAGAGCUAGACACAGCCCGGACGGACAGCUCGAUGGUUGUCGACGAGGAUCCGCUCCGUGAACUAAAAAUGCUCCGUCGCCAAAUGGGUCGAAUCAGUGCGAGAGUCUUCGAGUUGGAAGAGAAAAACGAGACACGCAGACAUCGAGAGCAAGCCAUUUUCGUAGCUCUUCUCGGUGUUGCAAUAACGGCGUUCUGGUCACUUUUGAAACGAUAAAAUUCGGAGGAUUUAUUUUUUUAUUCAUUUUUCAUUGCAAUAUGAUUUUCUGAUUUUCAAUAGCUCUCAAAAAAGCAAAAAUUUAUCAAAACAUUGAUUUAAAUGUUAUAGAUUUUCGUUAGUCCCCUUCAUACGGUAUUUUUGUUUCCGGUUGAACCCUCACAUCUCCUCUUCUCUCUUCUUGUAUUUAUUCUUCGUUUGUCUCUCAUUUCUUACUUGCUUCCCAAAAAUUUUCUGAAUAAAAUCAAUUAUUUUCAGA